GGGGCAGUCGGUGCGCGUGGGAGGAAGGACGACGGUCCAGUGAAGUCCGGGAAGUCGAGGAGCGCAGACGCGUCGUGCGCCGCGUCGUUCUCGUUAAUCCAAUAACAGUAAUAAUCAGCGGCAAUCGACAGACGUUGGCGUCGUUUGACAAUCAGCUGUGAUAGUGACAGAUCGGUGGGAAGCGCUAACCGCGGUAACGGACGUAAUUACGCGUUCGCGGCUGCCUGUGAAAAAUCCCGGAGGUGGUGACGGCCUCCUCUCUCACAGGUUGAAUCAUCAUGUUGACACGAACGAACGCCUGAUGAUAGAAAGAGGGCGAGGUGGUGAGGAGAGGACAAGCGGAAGGGACUAGAGUGCCAACGGAGGCUUGGUAUGCCUCGUCGCGAGUGAGGGUGAUUUUUGCUCGACUUUUUCUUGAAGAGGAGAGAGAGGGUGGACAAUUUCGAGACGGUGAGGUAAACCGCGGCGAGGACGCAGAGAUCGUUCGAGAGCGAGAAGGGACUAAACGCGUAACGUAUAAGAGUGUCGUCGGGUGCGCGAGGAGGGAUGCCUACGAAGGGGGAGAGGGGAAAAGCGACGGACUUCAGCAUCGCGGCCAUCAUGGCGCCCGGGGGUCCGUCCUUCGCGCAAUACCACCUGCAGGGCAUCGGCAACGCUGCUGCCACCGCUGACACCAACCUAGAAUGCCCGACUGGCAAGGGAUUCGUGGCUGAUUCGACGCUGGACCAUCGUGUUCGAGCGUCGCCGGUGAACAUUGUCGCGACAGCGACGGUUGUGACGGAGGAGGCUCUUCUCGGCGACGAAGAGACCGAGAAUUGCGAGAGCGAGUCCGCCAAGUCCGGGAACGAGGAGGACGAGGAGGUGGACGUCGACGUGGAAGAGUGCAGCAGCGUCGACGAUGGUCCGGUCCACGGGGUGCUGGCCGACGACGUCGUCGGCAUCGGGAAGACGUCUUCGCGGAAGUGCGGCGUGGAUGGAUGCAACACGGACGAGAAGAAGCAGCAGCGUCUAAGGACCAGCUGCAACUCGGACGAGCUACGUGACAUCGAGUGCCGACUCGAGACCAAGGAGCUCUGGGACAAGUUCAACGACCUCGGCACGGAGAUGAUCAUCACGAAGACCGGCCGACGAAUGUUUCCAACGUGCCGGGUAGGCUUCCGCGGACUCAAGCCAGAAGGUCGUUAUGCAGUGUUGAUGGACAUUGUGCCGGUCGACAAUAAGAGGUAUCGAUACGCCUAUCAUCGUAGUUGCUGGCUAGAGGCUGGCAAAGCGGAUCCGCCGGCGCCCGCGCGACUUUACAUUCAUCCCGAUUCCCCCUUCACCGGUGAUCAAUUGCUGAAGCAGAUCGUCUCCUUCGAGAAGGUGAAACUGACCAAUAACGACAUGGAUAAACAUGGUCAGAUCGUGCUCAACUCGAUGCACAGGUAUCAGCCGAGGAUACACUUGGUCCGUUGUCGACACACCGACGACAGCAGCCUGCACAUCAGCGACCUUCAGAAGGAGGAGCACAAGACGUUUAUCUUCCCGGAGGCCAUUUUCACCGCCGUCACGGCGUAUCAGAAUCAGCUGAUAACGAGACUGAAGAUCGAUAGUAAUCCGUUCGCCAAGGGUUUUAGAGAUUCGUCGAGACUCACCGACUUCGAACGAGACCCCAUGGACCUUAUGGAGCAGCAGUUGGUGAGAUGCGGCGUCGCCCCGAUGAGGCUCUACGAGCACCUCGCCAUGUCGUCGUCGCCAGCGGCGGUGGUCGCGGCACUCGGUGUCCAGCAGCCGCAGCAGCAGCAGCAGCAGACGCAGUCGCAGCACCACCAGUCAUCCGCGCAGCAGCAGCAACAAUUAAACGAGAACGCGUUGUCGCCCUGGCUGUCGCCAUCGACGGCGCUUUUGUACGGCGCCAGGGGUGCCGCCGGCUCACCCUCGCCCUAUUCCACCGCCGCCGCCGUCGCCGCCGGCUUCCCGUAUCCGGCGGCGUUGCCGUGGCCCUGGCAACCACCCCCAGUCGCGAUGAUCUCGCGACGAUCCUCUCCCACAGUCAGGUACGCGCCCUAUCCGCCGGCGGCCAGUACACCCCCGCCGCUGCGGACACGCCCGUCCACCCCCAAUUAGCGAUCCGACUCGUCGACCACGGCGUCGUUCCUCCUCCAUUUGUCUGUGAUCGUGGAACCGGAAUCGGAAGUAUCCCGAUAGCCGAGAGCACGUUUGAUUGUUGCAAAAGAUUCGGAUAACGCGAUGUGGAAGUAAAGUGACACUUUGUCGAAUGACACUUCUUCGCAGCUGUUAUAUGCUUACAUACGAGUGGCGGAAGUUGGAUUAAAAUGAUGAUAUAUGGAGUAUUUUAAACGCGGCUGAAGUACAUAUAAUACAUUUAUAUAACACGAUUAAAUUAUGUUCCAUGUUUAAAAUAUUGGUAUUGUCAUUUUAAUAUAAUAUGUAAGCAUAUAACAAUUACAAAUAUUGAAUUUU